AUGAAUAAAGAGGAUACGGGGUGCUUUUUAGUCUCCAAUCGAGAGGAGGCGGAGAAAUUCAAUAAUAUUUUUGAUAACUUUUCAUUAUUUGUACCUCUUAAACAUGAAGAGAUUAGUUUAAACCGUCCAUUAAAACCAAGCCUAGAAGACCUGCCUGACCGAAAUGUACGUCUUGUGGAAGCUAAUGAAUCAUGGACUGACAUUCCAUCUCAUCGGCGUACCAGUCCUCUUACUAGAAAGAUAGGCAGCAGUAUUGGAGAAACAAAACAAACAAACAUUAGAGAAGAUAUUACAUUCAGCCAGAGACUUAGGUCUUUAUUUUCAGGACAGUUUUUUCCUGGAGAAAAGAGACAAGAAAGCACAUGUUAUAAUAAACUAAUGGCUGAAAAUGUAUCAACAAAUUCAUACUUAGAUGAGGUGACUAACAUGAGAACCGUGCAGCAACGAAAGGACAGUGAAGAUGGGAUAAAAGACAGGUUAAACAGCUCUACGACCAAAAUACCUGCAACUAUCGCCGAUUUAGAAACUGAGAGCAUUUUACAACAGAACAAUAGACUCCAGAUAGAUGCUCAUUCACCUAAAAGUAGACGUCUGCGCCAUAGUCUAUUGAGGUGGGCAAAUGAAGUCCCUUUAGCAGAGAAUGUUCAACACAAGAGAGGCUUAGACGAAGAGCAGGAGGAAGUUGAAAAAUUAGGAGAUUCAGAGGAAGAUGCUGAAGAAGAAAUAGAGCCAUGUUGUAUCAAUAAUCACUUGGAUGAUGAAGGAUAUUCCAUGGAUUAUAAUUAUCAGAGACGCAAAUCGCGUGCGGUUCUCUAUCACUUUCAAGGGAAUUAUGGCCGAAAAGAGAAUAAGGGAAAAAUGAAUUUGAAUAGGCAAUUAAAAAAUCUUAGUGGAAAAACUAUGCCUGAGUACAAAAUGCAAGAGAUGAAGAAGUCCUACUUUGUACUUCUUCAUUAUGGACUAUUUCGCAUUGUCUGGGACUGGAUUCUUUUGUUGUUUACAUUUUAUAUUGCUUUCAUGGUGCCAUACAAUGCUGCUUUUGCUACGGAGGCAGAAGAAAUCAAGGUACCAGGAGUUAUAGACCUUAUCGUUGAACUUUUAUUUAUAACAGGCAACCAUUUUGUUUCAGAUGUUAUUCUCAACUUUCGCACAACAUUCGUCAGCAAGAGCGGACAGGUUGUAAAUGACCAACGUAAAAUUGCUCUAAACUACCUUCGUGGCUGGUUCACUCUCGAUCUGCUUGCAGCUAUACCAUUUGAUUUUAUCAUCCUCUUGCUGAAUCUUGUUGAUAUGAUAGCCACAGCCAGCACCACCAGCGGCAAUGUCAUUGGAGCCAGUGGUGAAAGUAGCCUGCCAGGAGGAGCAAAGAACGUGGUUGGCACCAGCGGUGCAACUGCUGGUAGGGACGGUAGUAGUGGUGGAAGAAUCAGUGGAAUAGCUGUUACAGGAGAAGCAGGUGGCAGACAGAACAGCGCUUCUGCUAUCGGUGCCUCAACGACAGGGCAGAAUCACAUCCCGACAGGUUUAACUGCUGCAAGUGCAUGGUGGCCUUCGGCAACAGCAACUGCAGCCGCAGCAGCAGCAGCGGCUGACGCAUUGACCCUGCCCAGACACACCAAUAGUGCCGGACUUGGGUUGCAUUCUUCCCUAAGUUCUAAAGAAUUCACAGUACAAAGCAACUCUAGUAAUAAUAUCAGCCAGAGCGGAAGUUCUAAGGAAUCUCUUCUUCUCUCUGGGAAUAGUUACAAUAAACAGCAAGGAAUCAUCCAAAAAUUUAGAUUAGAGAUUCCAAAACGGAGAACAAGGAUUCGCCGGAAGUUAAAGACGGAAGUCAAUCACCAGGCAAGUACAGUAACCGAAAAGUGGACAAACUCCAAAAAUCCAAAUGGUCAAGAUACUGCAUUACGCGUAAAUAAUACUAAUAGUCGGACCGAAUAUGAAAUUGUGAAUGAAAUCGAGUCGGAAAAAGAUAUAAACUCAAAAUCUCGCUUUUAUGAAAACAAAAUCUGA